AUGAAUUCAAUCGAGGAAAAAUUCUCGCUUGACUUUACAAAUUAUUUGUUAGAUCACCCACUCUCUAUUUUGUUCAGAUAUCCUGUAGAUCCAGUUAAUGAUCAAGUUCCAGAUUAUUUCGAAACUGUUCAUAAUCCAAUGGAUUUAACAACAGUUAGAGACAAAAUUAGCAGAAAAUCUUACUCAGAUUCAUUCGAAUGGAAAGCAGAUAUUAUGCUCAUUUGGAAUAACGCAAUUGAAUACCAUUCAAAGAAAAAAGCAACGAAGUACAUUGUAGAUUAUGCUAAAUACUUCCAAAGAAAAUGCAUGAAAAAGCUUGCUUUCUUACCAAAGAAGGAAGAAGAUCUCUGGUUUUUGAAAUUGCAAAAAGUUAAUUCUAAAAUUAACAAGAUCCUUGCUGCUAAAGCAUUUUCAGACUCUAUCAUCCCGAGAUUACAUGAGUUCGCUAUUACCCCACCUACAAAAUAA